AACGCUCCGCCGGCGCCAAUUUCAAACAGCGGAACAAACUGAAAGCUCCGGUCCCGGACCCCACCCCCGGCCCCGGGCCGGGACCCCCUCCCCUCCCGGGAUCCCCCGGGGUUCCCGCCCCUCCCGCACGGCCGGGGACCCGGCCGGCCCGGCGCGAGUCCCUGCCCGGGGCCCCGGCUCGGCCCCCAGGUUGGAGGAGCCCGAAGCCCGCCCUCCCAGCCACAGCCCGGCGGCGGCGGCGGCGGCUGCAGUCUGGAGGGUCCAUGCUUAUGAUUCUCAAUGGAGAGUGAAAACAUAGAUUCAUAAUGAGAACCAGCCCCCGUCGGCCACUCAUUCUCAAAAGACGGAGGCUGCCCCUUCCUGUUCAAAAUGCCUCAGGUGAAACAUCAGAGGAGGAACCUAAGAGAGUCCCUGCCCAACAGGAGCCUAGUCAAGCACAGGCCUCCAAGGAGGUGGCAGAGUUGAACUCCUGCAAGUUUCCAGCUGGGAUCAAGAUUAUUAACCAUCCCACCAUGCCCAAUACCCAGGUGGUGGCCAUCCCCAACAAUGCCAAUAUCCAAAGCAUCAUCACAGCAUUGACUGCCAAGGGCAAAGAGAGUGGCAGCAGUGGGCCCAACAAAUUCAUCCUCAUCAGCUGUGGGGGAGCCCCAACUCACCCUCCAGGACUCCAGCCUCAAGCCCAAACCAGCAAUGAUGUUAAGAAGACAGAAGUGAUCACUGAGACAUUGGGACCAAAACCUGCAACUAGGGACAUGAAUCUUCCUAGACCACCUGGAACCGUUUUGGGGCAGAGACGAGAGAGCUGUGCAGGCAGUGAGGCAGCAAGCUGCACUCUCGACAACAGCUUAACCAACAUCCAGUGGCUUGGGAAGAUGAGCUCUGAUGGACUGGGAUCCUGUGGCAUCAAGCAAGAGAUGGAAGAAAAGGAGAAUUGUCACCUGGAGCAGAGACCGGUUAAGGUUGAGGAGGCCUCAGGAGCAUCGAUAUCCUGGCAGGACUCUGUGUCUGAGCGGCCGCCCUACUCUUACAUGGCCAUGAUACAAUUCGCCAUCAACAGCACCGAGAGGAAGCGCAUGACCCUGAAAGACAUCUAUACUUGGAUUGAGGACCACUUCCCCUAUUUUAAGCACAUUGCCAAGCCAGGCUGGAAGAACUCCAUUCGCCACAACCUUUCUCUCCAUGACAUGUUUGUUCGGGAGACGUCUGCCAAUGGCAAGGUUUCCUUCUGGACCAUUCACCCCAGUGCCAAUCGCUACUUAACGUUGGACCAGGUGUUUAAGCCACUGGACCCAGGGUCUCCACAAUUGCCCGAGCACUUGGAAUCACAGCAGAAACGACCCAAUCCUGAGCUCCGCCGGAAUGUGACCAUCAAAACUGAACUCCCGCUGGGUGCACGGCGGAAGAUGAAGCCACUGCUACCUCGGGUCAGCUCGUACCUGGUGCCCAUCCAGUUCCCAGUGAAUCAGUCACUGGUGUUGCAGCCCUCAGUAAAGGUGCCGUUGCCCCUGGCGGCUUCCCUCAUGAGCUCGGAGCUCGCCCGCCACAGCAAGCGAGUCCGCAUCGCCCCCAAGGUGCUGCUAGCUGAUGAGGGGGUAGCUGCUCUCCCCACUGCAGGCCCAGUGAAAGAGGAGAAGCUUCUGCUUGGAGAAGGGCUGUCUCCUUUGCUUCCAGUUCAGUCCAUCAAGGAGGAAGAAAUCCAGCCCGGGGAGGAAACACUGCACUUAGUGAGACCCAUCAAAGUGGAGAGCCCUCCCUUGGAAGAGUGGCCCUCCCUGUCCCCAUCUUUCAAAGAGGAAUCAUCUCACUCCUGGGAAGACUCAUCCCACUCUCCCACCCCAAAGUCCAAGAAGUCCUACAGCAGAAUCAAGUCCCCAGCCCAGUGUGUCUCGGAAAUGCUCGUGAUCAAACGCAGGGAGAGGAGGGAAAUGAGCCGGUCUCGAAGGAAACAGCAUCUGAGGCCUCCCUGCCUCGAUGAGCCUGAGCUGCUCUUCUCAGAGGGCCCCAACACUUCCCAGCGGGCCACAGAGUUUCCUUUCCUAGCAGAUUCCUCUGAGCCUGCCGCCCAGCUUGGCUACUCCCAGGCUGAGGAAGGACCUUUUAAGACACCCAUUAAGGAGAUGUUGCCCAUCUCCUCUACCCCGAGCAAAUCUGUCCUCCCCAGAACCCCUGAAUCCUGGAAGCUCACACCCCCAGCCAAAGUGGGAGGGCUGGAUUUCAGCCCAGUACGAACCCCCCACAGUGCCUUUGGCCCCCUGCCUGACUCCCUGGGGCUGAUGGAUCUCAGCACCACCCCGCUGAAAAGUGUUCCCCUCUUUGACUCACCCCGAGAGCUCCUCAAUUCAGAACCCUUUGACCUCCCCUCUGACCCCUUUGGCAGCUCUUGCCCCACAGAUAUCGAGGUCCCCAAGGCAGGCCCCCAAGAGCCACAGGCUCCCAGCCUUUCAGCCAAUCGUUCUCUGACAGAAGGCCUGGUUCUGGACACAAUGAAUGACAGCCUCAGCAAGAUCCUGCUGGACAUCAGCUUCCCUGGCCUGGAGGAGGACCCACUGGGCCCUGAUGGCAUCAACUGGUCCCAGUUCAUCCCUGAGCUUCGGUAGAGACCUGGCCUUGCCCUUGUGCUCAAGCUGUCCACCAUCCCCAGAGCUCAUGUGGCUUGGCAGUCCAAGGCUCCGUGCACCCCAAGCCUCCGAGUGAGGACACCAGGCGGGGGCCGUCCCUCUCCUCCUCGCUCUACCCUGCCUGAUUAUGCCAAGGCAGCAGUCAUGCCCUGGCUGCUGCUGGGACCUUAUUAUGCUCCCAAGAGAAUCUGAUUCCUCUACUCUCCCUGCCAGGAGCUAAAGGGUAGGAAUGGCAAUGGCAACGAUGACAAGAGAUUAGGAACUCCCCAAACUGUUUCCGUUCUGUGCCCAGCAGUCUCUCACCUUCCCUGAUCCUUGCAGUGCGGCUCUUGUAAAUAGUGUAAAUUCUCCAAAUUCUCCUCUAAUUAUAAAUGUAAGCUUAUUUCCUUAGAUCAUUAUCUAGAGACUGCCAGAAAGUGGGUAGGAUGACCAGGGGUUUCCGUUUGCUUUUGUUCCUUGCUUUUGGUUCCUAGAGAAGGGAGGACCUGCAGUGCACAUUGUCUUCCAGGCCAAGGUGCCUGGAUGGAGGGUUCUUUACUGUAGGCAAUCAGGCAAGCAGAUCGGCUUGCCAGCGUCCUUUUUAUUGCUCCUCCCUCUCACCUCCCCAUGUUUCCAAGCCAGCUUUCCUGCACGAAGAAAUCCUGGUUAAAAAGGUCUUUUGUAUUGGGUCAAGAGUUGAAUAUAGGGUGGGGAGAUAGAUGCAUCUGAAGCAAAGAGUGUGAGUACCCAGAUAUGCCCCCAUUAGAUAUUUCCCUGAUAAUGUCCCUAAUCAUGCCAGGGAGACUAGCAUUGAUGAGAACUCAGACAGAGGCUUGAGAAGGCUGGAAGGCCCCCUGACCUGCCUGGCUUCCUUAGCUUGCACCUCAGCUUUGCCAAGAGCCACCCUAGGCCCAGCUGCCCGCGUGAACGUGAGCCAGCCCAAGAACACUACUGCAACUUCCUGCUCAAUAAAAUCCAGGGUGGAAGUGCU